AUGGCAACAUCAACAGCAAACGUCGGCCGCCCAAACAACAAUGCGCUACUGGCUCUCAUGGCCGUGUUGGCCGCGCUCGGGUUCUAUACCAUGCGCAUCACGACCGCGAUGAACGAUAUUCCUGUGGGCUUUCUAGAAACAGCAGCGUCGGGCGUUUUCCCAAAUGGUGUGCCUAUCAAGAAGGACUACACGGGCAUUCACUUGGUGGACGAAGGUCUGUCUUUCCUGGUGGCUGCCUUUCUAGCCGGCCCGAUGCGAUGGAACGAGCCAUAUUAUUGGCAACAACUCUACUUCCUCAUUCAAAUCUCGGCCCUUGUCACAAUCAACAAUGUUGAGGCUAUUUCCAUCUGGGCCUUCGUCUAUCAGAAUGUUGGAGCAGCUUGCAUCGUCUCUAUCUGGUGGCUACUCCUCCAUCGCGUCUCGCAGCCCAAAGCCUACUUUGAGAGCGGACGCACUGUCCCGUUGCCUUACGCGCGGGUGAUUUUACCGGGCGUUUUCCUAUUCUACGUUGUGCCCACCGUCGCAUUGUUCCUUCCCGACCAAAGCGCAGACAGGAUGCAAAAGCUCCUAGCAUUCUGGCAAUUCACACCCAUCCUUAGCGGCAUCCCCAUGUGGCUCGUCUCCCUCUCCGGUACCCCGACAACCGUUACCGCGAGCAACAGGAAUGCGGAUGUUCGACAUCUCAAAGUUCUCUACGCUCUCCUCUUCGUUCUUUGUGUAGCAACUCAUUGGUACGCCAUCCGUGGCAUUUCCCUAUCGACAGACCCCGAUGUUACGUAUGCCCGCGUCUUCCUACCCAGCACCUAUACCUGGAAGAGGAACGCUGAUUGGGGUUUGCUGUUCAUCUUCCAGUGGGAUUGGCUCAUCAUCGGACUAAUGUACAUCAUCCCGUCUUGGGUCGCGGUGUGCGAUGUGCAGCGGAUGAGGAACGGAGAGGCUACGCUCGAAAAUAUCUUUGAGAGCUUUCUUGUUAUUGCGGCACUGACAGGUGGUGGUGGCCCGGGCGCAACGCUUGCCGCUGUCUGGUUCUGGCGAGAGGCUGCAUUGGCGGACAUUGAGAUUGCAUCGGGGGCGAAGAAGGUGCAGUAA